AUGCGCGUUGCAGCAGCUGGGGCCAGCGAUUUGCUGCUUCCAGGUGACCCGCAAGGUGGCCAUAGACAUCCAACGUGCGCUGCCCACUUGGUCAUCUUCGGAUCCUGGAGAUGGGUCCUCAAUUCAAGGUUGCGGCUAUGGCGUAAUGAUCCUAGCUCCUCCAGAGCUUCGAGUUCGUUUUUCCCGCCACGGCUUGCCGACACACAUGGGGCGUGA